CAAACUCCAAAAAACUUAAGAGGGGAGUUGAUAUUUUUAAUAAACCAACUUUCUUUUUUCUUCGUUGAUAAUUAUGUUGAUGUACGACCUUGUAAAGGCUUUUCCUUCAAUGGACGGCGAACAAUGAGGGCUAUUCUUCUCCGAUCAAAAUCCUAAGGUUUCCACUUUCCUCAGGUCCCUGGUAUUUUACGAGCUUAUAGAAGAUUACUUUAGUAUCAACACUUUUUGGCACCAGGGAAGUUUUUUUUUUUCCUUUUUUUUUUGGGUUCUUGAGGCAGCUCUGAACUAUCAAGUUAGGAAGAAUCUCUAGAAGUUGAAAUUGAGGAAAUAUACAUAUCUUUUAGCAAGAUGGUUUCAAUUAGUAAUGGAGAAGACUCAACCGUUGUUCAAGUAGAAUUACCAUCAAAAUCAACAGAUUGUUCAGAGGUCAAUGGCGGGUAUACUCUAAACAACUCAAUAAAGGGACUGCUAAUCAGUGAAAAUUCCAGAGUUAGUAGUCAGGACAAGCUAAGUUUAAUUCCCAGUAGAUUAAGACUAUCGGAGUUCAAUUCUACUGGCAGUUCAUUUUCCCCAUCAGCUACGUUGAGGAAAAUUGCAGAGGAAAAAGAGAAAAUAUCGCAGUGUGUACCUUCCACUAGCCAAGGUUUCAGAGAACGCUUCAAUGUGAAUAUUGUUCAAAAGGUUGACUGGGGUUCACUUUGGAAACUUUGGAAAGAAUGGAUUAAGAAUCCUUUGAAUAUGGCCCUUUUAUUGUGGAUAGCCUGUGUUGCUGUCUCUGGAGCAAUCCUGUUUCUUGUAAUGACAGGAAUGUUAAACAAUGUCUUACCAAGUAAGUCACAGAGGAAUAUAUGGUUUGAAGUCAAUAAUCAAAUCCUCAAUGCUCUCUUUACCCUCAUGUGCCUAUAUCAACACCCAAAACGAUUCCACCACCUUGUACUUCUUUGUAGGUGGAAGCCCAAGGACAUACUGACACUCAGAAAGAUAUACUGCAAGAAUGGCACUUACAAGCCUCAUGAAUGGGCUCAUUUGAUGGUAGUUAUUGUGUUGCUUCAUGUAAAUUGCAUUUCUCAAUAUGCCCUCUGUGGCCUUAAUUUGGGAUACAGAAGAUCGGAACGUCCUGCCAUAGGUGUUGCCAUCUGCCUCUCAGUUGCAAUCGGUGCUCCAGCAGUUGCAGGUGUGUACUCUAUUAUGAGUCCCCUUGGGAAGGAUUAUGAGUCUGAAGUUGAUCCCGAAGCACAGGAUCAGAUUCUUAUUGAUGGUAUGGUCUGCUCAAGCAACCGAAGGAAGUCAUUGGAGAGAAGAUUGUCAUUUGCAUCAAGUGAGCAGAGGAGAGUUGAGAAUGCACCAGUGUGGAAAGGGGGUUUAUUCGACUUUUGGGAAGACAUUGCCACGGCUUAUCUUUCUGUUUUCUGCAGCUUUUGUAUUUUUGGGUGGAACAUGGAAAGGCUGGGGUUUGGAAACAUGUAUGUUCAUAUUGCAACUUUUCUUCUCUUCUGCAUGGCUCCCUUUUGGAUAUUCAACUUGGCAGCAAUCAAUAUAGAUAAUGAAACAGUUAGAGAAGCUUUGGGAUUAACUGGUAUUUUGCUGUGUGUUUUUGGGUUACUUUAUGGUGGCUUUUGGAGGAUCCAGAUGAGGAAGAGAUUCAAGCUGCCACCAAAUAACCUUUGUGGAGGAAAUCCCGCUGUUGGUGAUUGUGCACAAUGGCUUUUCUGCUGUUGGUGCUCACUUGCUCAGGAAGUUCGGACUGCUAAUUUUUAUGACAUUGUUGAGGAUAAGUUUUGUAAGAAGCAAACAGAGGAAAUUGGCCAUUCCACAUUAUCCCCUUUACCUCGUGAAGGCGGAACAGCUCAUUUCAGAGCCAGUAUAGCAACUCCGCUUGGGAACAGCCCCUCCAAGAUUCCCAUGCCUGGGACCGAAAACCUUGUCAGAUUUUCAAAAGUUCAUUACAGUCCUGAUGAACUGCUCCCAAAGGUAGAGGAAGAGUUUACCAACAAUUUUAUGAACCCACCUCUUCCAUCGUCAAUACAAAGAGAAGAAAAUGCAAGCUAAAGGUAGAUAACAUUAUUUCUUUGUAUUUUAUCCUUUCUGCUGAUGAUGAAUCCUUUAUGAAAGAAUAUCAUGGAGUUUAUUUCCGUACUUUCUGUAUUCGUUCAAUUACAAAUUUAGUUUACCUCAAUCCCACGUCACCACAUAUUCAUUCAAGAUUUAUAAAGUUUACAGCUAGACAGGCUGAUUAUCCUGAGUA